CAGAGAUAUGGCUUUUAGCUUUCCCGCAUUCAGCUACAUCGUGGCGUUAAUUAUCGAUGCAUUUCUAAUAUUCUUUUCCAUCUUCCACGUGAUUGCGUUUGACGAGCUGAAAACAGAUUACAAAAAUCCGAUCGACCAAUGCAACUCGCUCAAUCCGCUCGUCCUGCCGGAAUAUGGGCUGCACAUACUGUUCAACUUGCUGUUCUUAUUUUCGGGCGAAUGGCUAUCGCUCGCCCUUAAUAUUCCGCUCAUCGCGUACCACAUUUGGAGGUACGCGAAUCGACCGGUUAUGUCGCAGCCGGGAUUGUACGAUCCAACGAGCAUUAUGAAUACCGAUGUUUUGCGGGCAUGUUUGCGAGAGGGCUGGAUUAAGCUUGCGGUGUACCUGCUAUCGUUCUUCUACUAUCUUUACGGCAUGAUAAUGGCUUUAAUCGCUUCGUAA